CUCAGUUCCAGCAGAGCCUGAAUGAAUGACUGUGUCCUCCGUCCAACCCAGAAGCACAAAUCAUGCUGCUCGUCUGGGAGGAAAACAAAGCUUGAGACCCAAGAUGAAGGAAGAGAAGGGUGCUCCAUUGAAAAACAAAAUAAUUUACCAGAUUUUUUUGCUUGUGUGUUUUGGUUUCUGCAAUUCAGGUGGAGUGUUGGCAGUGAAUAUGACUAUCCCAAAUACUCUCAUUAGAGGUAAAUUAGGAGGGGAGGCCCUUCUGUCAGUCCGCUAUGAUAGUUUCAGCUUAGACCUGCCAGUUAUCAAGUGGCUACUUAAAAGGGAAAAAUCUGUCACGGUUGUCCAGUCGAUUGGAACGGACAUCAUUGGGACGCUGAGGCCCGAGUACCGGGAUCGUAUCCUGGUAUUUGGGAAUGGGACUCUGCUUCUCCACAACCUCAGAUUCGCUGAUGAUGGAACAUAUGACGUAGAGAUCUCCAUCACAGAUGAUACCUUUCCAGGAGAGGGCAGCAUCACACUCACUGUGGAUGAACCUAUAUCCAGGCCUUAUAUCAACAUGGAGUCUUCAUCAUUACUGGAGCGUAGCGAAAAUGUUGUCCUCAACUGCUCUCAUGACAAUGGAACCAGGACUACAUACAGGUGGUUCAAAGGUGGAAAACUCCUGACCAAUGAGACAAGGUUCGUCUUUUCUCCUGACCAGAAGCUUUUGACCAUCAAGCGGGUGUUGAUGGCAGAUGAUGAUGUCUACAGCUGCACAGUGGAGAAUCCGGUGGGAAAUAUGACAAGUCUGCCAAUUAGACUGACUGUAUACAAAAGAAGUUCCCUUUAUAUUAUCCUUUCUACUGGAGGCAUCUUUCUUUUGAUCACCUUGGUGACUAUAUGUGCCUGCUGGACACCUUCUAAAAAACCAAGACAGCCCCCUAAAAAGCACCUCUCCAGGUUUUAUAACCGCUCUCACCAAACACCAAUCAAUCACACAGAUUGUGUGCUUCCAAAGAUGCCACAGCACAAUGGGAUAAAUGCAGUAACUUCACUUUAUAUCCUCCAGCAAAAGGAUCCUUCCACAGAUGACUCUUCCAGCAACAGUAUUGGAUCUCCAUCUGAACUUGACAACCCACCAUGCUACACCACUUCCCCCACAUAUACUGAUCCUAUUACUCUUACUGCUGGUUCCCCUGCUCGCAUCUCCCGUAAGCAUACCUGAUGGGUCAUCGGUUUAAACAGUCUACAGUACAACAAGCAGAAGGUUACAUGCUCUAUAUUCUACUGCUCCGAAAUGCAAAGUACUCUAGACAUCGUGGAGAGUGUCGUAAAAUGAAGAA